UUAUAUUUCAAGUCCGAUUUCGUAUUUCAUACCUGCUUUUCCGCAUGAUUUCUCUGGCCUUUCUGCAUGAGGCCGGCAAGAUGAGUGAUUUGGAAGUUUGGAUUGUGGGAGGUUUGGUGAAUCUGGGUAGUGGUGAAUUCUGAAACGAGAGAUUGAAACUAACGAGUAAUUAAUGUCAUAUCUACCUAUAUUUGGCGACAUCAAAAUUUUAGUAGACUACGAAAAGGGUCAGUUUCAACGUACUCAGAAUGGAAACGACCUCCUCAGAGCUCCUUCCUCACGUGUCUACACAUAAGCGAGCAAAACACCUGCCUUCACCUUUCACGUAUUGUUUACAACCGACCUCAAUCUUUCCAUAACGUCAACCUGCACCUUGGACUACAUCACGAACACCACCAAUACGGUCGAUGCAGGCCGCUCCCUGGCUACUUCCUACCUCAUCGACCACUCUGCAAGCCAGCUCGAUGGGCUUGACGCGUGGCAACCAUGGAUCUUAACUACCUCAUCAACCACAUAUUCCUGCCUCCUAAGCUCCCUCAGGCAGACGACUACCAUAUCCGCAAUGAUCAGCAUCUGACAGAGCUCGUACGCGAGACUCUACAUGCUGCUGCUGCUUUCUCCCCCAAUGAUUCCUCCUGGGCGAGCCUGUCUACCAUGACAGAUAUGCUUUCAACAGAAGAUAGCCCUGAUAUGCUCUCCAGCAGCCAACUGAUUGGUGCUUUGGGUUCGAUGCGAACAGGCAGUGUGCUUGUGCUUCACAUCCAUGCGCAAAACGCUGGUCUUAUUGUGCGAAGGGAAGAUUCAGCAUACAUAUUCGAGUCAUUUGAGCUAUCUCCAACAACAAACUCUGUCAUCGGUACAGGCGGCCGCCUCCUGCGUUCAUUUCCAGGCCCAGCAAUCGCCGUUGAUAUCAGGCGAGUUAAGGAUAUAACUUUCAAAGAAGCUUUUGUUCAAUGUGUUGGUCAGUUAGAGUCUCAAGUUUUGGAAGACGCGUGUCCCAAGUCACGUAAAGCUGGUUCCGACCAUGUCGAGAUCCGUCAAACAGCAGACCCAAAAUAUGUCACCGAGAUGCUCAUGGGAAUUCUUCGUGCAAUUGGAAAACCCCAUGAUGUUCAACGAGUUCUGAAAUAUACUCGAGAUGAAGUUCUUUGGUGCGACACUUUGGCUCCAUGGCGUCGCUCCGCUCGCUGGCUUCUACUUCGAGUCGCACUCCAGACAAGUCUAAAGCAGAAGGAUGGCGACCGUACUAUUCAUAUUCGAUACAAGAUGUUUAUGAUUCUGUUGUUGACUAGAGUCCUAGACCUAGCAGUCAAAGAUGACUUUCCUGGGGAGACUCUCUUCAUCAUGACAGCAAAAAUUGGUCGACGAAUGCUAAAGCUUGGGCAGUUAGUAGAUCAAAUGCCUUGGCUACACGCUGUUCGGAAUUCUGUGACCAAUGCACAGCAAGUAUUGGAGAAUCGCUGGAACUCUAUCCAAGAGAACCCGGAUCCUACGGGUUUCAAUGAGAAUUCUGGACUAGACAAGAUGCUUCGGGUUUCUGACACACAUCUUCGCUUGCGUUCAGUUCGAGGAUAUCUCAAGGAAAUCCAGGAAAGACAACCAUCACAAGUUGAUCCUCGUCCUGAUAUCCCUGCGUGUGAUCGGCGUGUAGUGCAAGAUGCUUCUUCUCUACCAUCUGUCGAUAUUCUGCAGCAAAGCAAUUCUUCAAACAAUCUCAUUUGGCUACUCGAUAUAGAAGCAUGGGCCCGAAAUCAACUGCAGGAUUGGCUGGCGAUAAAUAUAUUGGGCUCCCCAUCCGCCCAAUCGUGCCGAAAUCUCUCCGUUCUGCUAUCUUUAUACCGCACAACCGCAUUUGCGGCCUACCCGGACCCCGAAAAUUUUUCAAUCAUGGUUUUGACGUUGAUGGACUUCUGGGUUGCACUCGAUAAGUGUGUGGUUAUUAACGAGCCUCUACUUAAGCUAUACAAACCCGGAUUUCCGGCCUCCCUUUUCAAUAGACUUCUGAUAUCCAAGAAGGAUGAUCUGGAUCGACUGUUCCGGAUUGAACAAUACCUUGACUCGAGACGCAGUGAAGCUCAAGAUAGCUAUCCACUGCUAUUUUUGGAAGGAAAUACGCAGAACAGCUUCGCAGUUCAAUAUUUCGAGCGUUCUCUGCAUCAUCAGAAGUUGAAGCGUGACAUUGAGGCCAUUGCCACAACCGAGAGAGACCAGAAAAUGGCGGAGCUUACGAGACUGAAAGCCCAGCAACAAUCUUCUCUGGAUCAAGCUCAAUCAAUGGUCUGUACUAAUGUAACUGUCAUGAGAGGCAAAAAGAACAACAAGGUUCAAGUGACUGAACACAACCCUGCGUGCGCAAAGUGCAAGCUACGUACUACAGCUCAGAAUAUGGUCAUCAACAUACACGAAUGGCCACUGCCGUUCAAAGACGCCGAAGCUAAAGCUGCCGUGUUUGAACUUGAUGUACCAGAAAUGAUAUGGAUAUGGAGAGAGUCAACAUACGAGAUGCUUGUGGAGGUUUUCACCCCACCAUUUCAAGCUCCGCCCCAGCCCGAAGACAAGUACACGUUCUUCGAUUUCAAAGGCAUCUCUCGCUGGCUCAAAACACGCAAAAAUGGUCGCGUACAGCUUGCAUCUCAUUGUAAAGAAGUGUCUAGGUCACACUACAACUCUCAGAAGUGCACCAUGUACGACAAAAAGUCUUUCCUCUGGACUCGUGAAAUACUUGGGAAUUAUUGUCUUGGCAGACAGUGCAUUUUCGACCUUCCAGCCGGGCCAUACAAGCAAUUACAGCCAUUCCUAGACGGCUGUGGCCACACCUCCAAUGAAGUUCUUGCUGCCCAAGAUCGCUGUCCUGAAUCAUUAACCCUCCAUGAGUUCUAUUCCUUUUCAACAUUACGGUCGGGACACCGGCUUCAGUGGCGUAACAUUGCCCGUGAACUCGCCUCGCAGGUGUUGAACUUCAAUCACCGUGAAACGCAUCUCCUAAUGAUGCAAGCUGCUUGGGAAGCGGGACCGGCAAGCCUGGGUCCAGCAAGAGAUUCACAUAUUGACUUGGAAGAGUUUGAUUUUGGAAUGUCACUUAUAUCGACACUGAAUGAGGGACUUUCAGGUGUAGAAAGUAAUUGGCAGGGUGCAUCUGCCGUCCGUACCUUUACGACUCUGGCCUUACGACUUUUGUCACUGUCCCCUUGUGAAAAUAUCCAUUUUCUAUGUUUCGAAUUCCUCGAUCGCGCUAGAAAUGUUGUGAUGGGAUGGAUGUAUGAGGUCCUAGAUCUGCUACACUCUACAGAGGAAGAAAGCGAGCUGAAAAAGCUGGCCUUGCGAAUACUCGACCUGGCUUUAACAUGCCAUGCAACAUUCGACGCUGAUGCUCGGCACUUGCCCAAGACACUGGAAUCUGCGCUGAAUGUUUCCAUACUCAUAGAGUGUGCUAUUAACAUACACGACAGACGUCCGGCUAACAACGACGAUCUUGAUGAGUCCCUAGUUUCACAGCUUGGGAGAUUGAAUCGACGAGCUCAAUUACUCGAGCCAGCUAUACGACACCGAAUUCUCUCUGACUGCCAGGGAAUUGAUGAUGCGAUCAGUCGUUUGUGGUCGGCGUAUAGCCGUUCUGGUGGAUGGAGUGCACUGCCCUCGCCGAACGAGCGGUGGAUUAUGACCCAAAUAUAUCCCUGGGGCAGCUUGAAACUCAUGACAGUUCACUACAAUAUCUUAAACGGGACCUUUUUUGUUGAUGGCAGCCCACUCUCACGACUUCCGCUUGAGUACGAACGUCACGAAACUUACCGCCGGAUCUUCGGUGGGAGAGUCUUGGAAGUCGUUCCAUCGCAAAUGCCGGGCAUGCUUUUCGAAUCACGGCGCGAAAUCCAGGGAUAUUCAAUUCACUUCAGACUUCACAACGAUGACCUUGUUAUCAGGGCUCGUGCUUGUAAAGAUGGAUGUGAAUAUGAGCUCUUGCCACUUCGCGCUGUCAUGGGCGACUUUCCACAGUCUCUGGUCACGGAUUACGUCCAUUGGUUAGACUUUCGGUAUGGAUCCAUCGAGCUACGCCCAAUCAGCAACCUUUGGGAGGCAUCUCCAAACCACUGGCGAACUUGUUCGCAUGGAGCUGACAACUUUUCACUUUUACAGAAUGCUCGAAAACUGGUAGAAAGUGAAAGUCCGACAGCUCAAACAAUCUAUCGAAUACUGAGCCAACUCGAAGAAUCCUGCCAUAUCCAUGUCAUGUUCAACUUCGAAAAAUCCAUAGUGGAGGUUCACCUCCCACGAAUGGGCUUGGACUUUUACAUCGAGCAAGGAAGCAAAUUGAUUGUAUCAAAGCAAUAUCGUGGCAUGUGUAUCGACUCUGAUCAGUCUAUUGGUUCUCUCAAUGGCCUAAGAUCCAAGUUGGUCCUGCGAGAGGUUGAAGGAUCCUCGCGUAUUGUUAUUAUUCCGGAUGGACCUGUCAACCCUCAAAAGCAUCAGGACCAUGUCCGUAUAACCAUUGACAUAGAUAGAGAGAGUAUUCACUGUCACCAGUUCCAAAUUGAUGGUCAAUUGGGUCGGCUGAUAGAUAAUGGAAGUCUGCGAAGCAGGCUUUUCAAGAUUUAUCUCCAUGCAGUCACCUCGUACUGUCUCCCUGACAAUUUGACAGGACGAACUGGUACAGAAGAAGCGCUCGAGUCUCUUUCCCAAGCUUCAACACAAUCAUUCUUCACCUUUGACAAAGAUGAGGUGGAAUUGCUGGACAAUAUCGCGCACCUUUCUCCUGUCAGAAAGUACUACCCAAAGCACCUGAGGACGAUGGAGACGAUUAAGUGGAGAAAGUUUUCGAUUCUGCAACAGCACGAUCGGUUCUUCGAAAUUGUCAAAUCCAUCAAAAGUAAAGCUGCCUCAAUGCAAGUGUUCCAAGAAACUCGGGAUUCGACUCUACAGCUUGAUGUGUCGACAAAGUGUCCAGAAUUGUAUAUGAGAGCAAGAAAUCGAUUGAGCAACGUCAGAGUAGAUGGGUAUGGAGCAGAAGACUUUACAACCAAAUCAGAUCUUCGCUACUUGGGUAGGGAUCAGUCUGACCGAGGACCGAGCCGCGAGUUGCAGGUGUACUCGAUUUCUAAGCAGGUAGACAGCUGGUCCAAGAAUAAUUUGAAGCAUUGCCCGGGAUUGUUGUCUAAAUUCGAAUCUUGGGGAGCUCCAGUCUCAGGGACGACCGCAUCGUAUAGCAUUGGCUUCAGCAAUACUCUGCUUAGCAAGCCCGAGGAGCUGUAUCCUUCAAUGUGGUAUACAUUCCAGGAUGCUUUAACCAGCUGCGAUCGUGACAAAGACAAGUACAAGGUCAUGUUCUUCCUCGCGACGCUUGCUCAGUCCCCCCACGCUGAUUUCGAAAUUCUCCAGGUGCUGCUAGCGUUUGCGACUGUGAAACAACUUUCGAGAUCCAGUCGUCUGGCACCUACAUGCCAAUCGAUCAAUCUUGACCUUGGCUAUACACCAGAUCGUAAUCAGCUGCUGGCUCUCUUCAGACGACACCAGCGCCCCUUCGAUCUCUCAAUUGAACGCCAUUCCCCUGCACUGCCUGGAGAAUCAAAAAAAGCGGCGAACACACGUCGAGCCAACGCCUAUAACUUCUCUUUGACGUCCAAAUUUGACAGUGCCAUGCAGAGUUUGCUAUGCCAACUGCCAGGAUCUGAUAUUGCUUGGCCAACUAUUCAGAGUUUAGAUAGAUAUGUGGCUGUGGACGAUGUCAAGCCAGCAGUUAUCAAAAUGUUUGAUGACUGGGAUCUCAACGAACGCUUCAAGAUUUAUGUCAACAGACUUACUGGGACAAUUAAGGACAAUUGUAUCGUUGAAGCGGAAAGUCCAGAGUUGUAUAGCUUUACCUACCCCAAGCCCCUCCGGCCUACGGUUCACAGACACAUUGCCGUUGAAGAUAUGUUCGGUGGAAAAAUGCCUCAAACACACGCACCUGAUGCCUACCAAGAUCUAGCGCAUCUGCAAGCGAUGGUUCAACAAGUCCGAACCUCCGAAGAUGGUGAUGUAUCUGGUAUCACUGAUAUGUCGACAAGAUCAGGGCCUUUACCAGAUCUCUUGUCGCGACUGGCCUCCCGAGCAGACGGCUUGUACGAAAAGAGUUACGUUCUGGAUCUCGAGAACAGCUACGUUGCAUUUACUCGGCAGAAUUCCAUGUCUCGCCUCCUGGAAGAUAAUAUCGAUUCUGCAGUACAGCAGCAUCUCGAUGAAACGCGGGACGUUGCAAACAGUUUGUACCAAGCGAUACUUGUCGAGCUUCGAAAACCCCCCAACACGGCGCACCAAGUAUAUCAUGAUGUGCAAAUGUCGCCUCGGCUUUCACCGAGCAUCAUUCUAUCAUUUCUGUCCCACGAGAAGGUCGGAAAGAUACCUGGAGCUUGGAGAACUGCCAUCGUGCAGUAUGGCCUUGCGGUUACCGCAUUUCAACGUGCACAAAGAUUGAAAGCCUGCCUGAAGAGUAAGAGCGACUUGCUUGGUGAGCUCGAGAACCCUGGCCAUACGGGAUGGGAUCCUAUGGCCCAGCCUGACUGGCUACUCUUGGAGAUUGAAAAUAAUAUUCUGAUUCGGCAAGAGCAAGCUGAGAUUGCUAAUGAGAUGAUCUCCCCGGCAUCCAGUACAAAUUCCCUCAUGCAGCUGAACAUGGGACAGGGGAAGUCUUCGGUCAUCGUUCCCAUCGUUGCAGCGACCCUCGCCGAUGGUUCUAGAUUAGCACGUGUUGUUGUGCUCAAAUCUCUGUCCAAACAGAUGUUCCACCUCUUGCAGACUAAGCUUGGCGGCUUGAUUAACAGACAGAUAUUUUACAUCCCAAUAUCUCGUUCUCUAAAGCUGACCUCUGAGCUUGCUGACCAGAUUAGGAAUCUAUACCACACUUGCAAGAAAAUUGGAGGUGUCCUUCUCGUCCAACCUGAACAUGUGUUGUCAUUUGAACUUCUAGGACUCGACUUCAGACUAACGACUCGAAAUAAUGUCGGGAUGGACAGUGUAGCCGAGGAAAGUGCCUCUACUGGAGAAGCUAUGAUUGAUACGCAAAAAUGGCUUCUCAAGCAUUCUCGCGAUAUUCUUGACGAGAGUGAUGAGAUCCUUAGUGUCAAAUUUGAAUUGAUCUACACGAUGGGCACCCAACGUGCAACAGAGUUCUCUCCUGACCGCUGGCAGAUCAUUCAACGAGUUCUUGGCAUUCUAGCAGAUACUGCCAGUUCAAUCGUGACGAUAUGUCCAACUGGUAUCGAGUUCCUGCCUGCUAGAUUCAGCAACGGCUUCCCGCGAAUCAGAAUUCUUCAGCAAGAGGCUGGGGUUGAACUGCUUUCAAGAGUCGCUCGAGAAUUCUGUGAGAGUGGAAUUACUGGUCUACCAGUCUGGAACUUACCCCAGCAAGCUCGUAACUGCCUCUUCAUAUUUCUGACCUGCCCAUCCAUCACAUUAGGAGACAUGGCGCCACUUCAAAACUCUGCUCUCAAUGUCGCUGCCAUGGCAUCAGGACUUUUUUUAUUGCGCGGUCUCUUCGCUGGUGGAAUUCUUACAUUCGUUCUAUCUCAAAAGAGAUGGAGAGUUAACUACGGUCUGCAUCUGUGCCGCACACGGUUGGCAGUCCCGUACCAGGCAAAAGAUAGCCCAUCCGCUAGAGCCGAGUUCUCGCACCCAGAUACAGCGAUAGUACUGACUUGUUUAUCUUACUACUAUGGAGGUCUAGAUGAUAAGCAAAUUUACGAAUCGUUCGAGGAGCUAUUUCGAUCGGAUCAUCCUCAGGAGCAGUACCAAGAAUGGACCAAAUGCAUAUCCAACAUGCCCGUUGCGUUCAAGAACCUUAGUGGGGUCAACCUGAGCAACUCUACUCAAUGUUCUCAAAUGCUGUUUCCCCUCCUGAAGUUUUCGAAAGGCCUCAUUGACUUUCAUAUGUCUCAUUUAGUGUUCCCAAAAGAGAUGAAGGAAUUUACCCAUAAAUUAUCUUCAUCUGGCUGGGAAAUCGGGCGAGACAAGAGCCAUACGACCACAGGUUUUAGUGGCACAAACGACAGCAGAUACAUCUUGCCUGUUCCCGUGAAACAAUGCGAUAUGCCACAGCAGCUCCAUACUAACGCGGCAGUCCUCGAAUGCUUAUUAAGGCCCGAAAACACAAUCGAUUCGAGGUUUACACACAAUGCCGAUGUUAUCGAUGCAAAUGUGCUCCUUCACAUGGCAGUCCACUCCGAUCCAGCUGUAAGAGUGAUUCUCGACGUUGGUGCUCAAGUUCUGGAGCUCACAAAUGAGGAAUUCGCCCGCAAGUGGCUGUUCAUGUUGCCAGGCUCAGAGGCACAAGCUGCGAUCUAUGUUGAUGACCAUAACGAGAUCUGCGUGGUCACUCGAACAGGGCUGAAAGAACCGCUCCAAGUCUCGCCAUACUCAAAGCUCAUCGACCAAUGCAUUGUUUACUUGGAUGAAGCUCAUACUCGAGGAACAGACCUGAAGAUGCCUUCAAAUUACAGAGCUAUUGUGACGCUGGGUCCUGAUCUCACGAAGGACCGACUUACCCAAGCAUGCAUGCGUUUGCGAAAGUUGGGGAAAGGACAAUCAGUUGUGUUUUGUGCAUCUCUCGAGAUCCAGCUCAAGAUCCUCUAUUGUAAUGGGAAGAAGGCUGGAGAGAUUAUCGAAGUGUCUGAUGUACUUGCGUGGUGCAUCAGGAAUACCUGGCAAAGUACUAAGAAAUCAGUUCCUCUGUGGGCAACACAAGGAGUGCGUCACUAUCGUCGACGAGCAGCCUGUUCGACUGCUUCUGGGCUUCCAGCUGCCCCCUCCUCGAUUCUCGAGGCUGAGGCUCAAAGCUUGGAGCAGCGUUACGCACCAUGCGAAAAUCACUAUUCAGAGGUUCGGGCUGUCUUAUUCAAUAACGCUGAGCAAGAACUAUUUUCUCCCUUCAAGACAGAGCUGGAUGCCAUCCGGGAGAAGUGUCAAGAGUUUGGACUAGUUUCUUUGCAAGACUCAAGUCUUCAUGAGGAGCAAGAGCGAGAAUUGCAGCCCGAAAAUGAACGAGAGCAGCAAAUCGAACGACCGCCAGCGUUGACUCCAAGAGCCCACUUCGUUCACCAAAACGUCAUCAACUUCGCUGCCACUGGUGUUCUCGAUCGGUUUUCUACUGCAUUCACGCCUGCUUUCUCUACACUGUUGGAUACUAGCGCAGGAGCGCACUUUGAACCUGGGGCUUGGCCACAAGAUCUCCUCGUUACAGCCGAUUUUGCCCAAACCGUUACUCAGGUUCAGCAUAUGGACCAAUAUCUUCGUCCAGUUCAUUGGCUUCUGACCUUGCGACGUGCACACAACGGCAUCACCUGCGUGAUCAUUAGUCCUCAGGAAGCGAAUGAGCUACUACCUAUCAUCCGAAAGAAACAGCGCGUAAAUUUACAUGUGUAUACCCCACGACUCAGCUUAGCCAACCAUACUCUCGAGGAUCUCGCUUUCUGCGCCAUUCCGGCUCUGCCAGCAGGCUGGGUCAUUCCUCCUAUUGGUAUUCAGAUCACUCUGUUUGCCGGACAGCUCUACCUGCGAUGCAUCGAGGAGUACCUUGCUCUCUGCCAAUUUUUGGGACUGUGCUACAAAGCCCCUGAUGAUCUGGUUAGAGCUGCUUGUGAUGGAUUUGUCAAUCCAGAAGAUAGGAAAGAGCUUGAUUCGACCAUGGCUCGUCAUUGUCGCUUCAGACAGACGCCUAUUCCUUUCUUGAGAGCACUUUUUGCAAUGCGUAGGAAGGGCCAAGGUUUCGCGAAUAGCCACCUUGGUCGGAUUUUGAAUGGGGAGUUGUUGAGGUAUGAGCAUUUCGUGAUGCCGGGACAGGUUACGGAGGUCACGGAGUCGAGAUAGGGAGAGUAUUUCGAGAAGGGUGGAGUUGUAUGAGAUGGCGUUUUGACUUUCGGCCAAGGGUGGCUUUUGAUGCGAUGCGGAUGGGAAGCUGACGUUUGUUCUGGAUGAACGGAGGGGUUGACUGAUGACUGUUCCCUGCCGCGCUUUACAAUGCUCGUUUGGUUGAUUGUUCGGUAAAGGUCAUAGUUUUAUUAGGUAUAAUGUAUGAAUAGAUUAUGCAAAACUCGGUGCAUUUACGAUUUUGAGUGAUGAUCAUGUAGAGGAACGUAGAACCGAGAAGAAAACGGGGAAUAGAGAGACGAGGAGGAAUGCUGGGAUAGCAUGAGACGCCGUCUUGCAUAGUCCGUACCUCCCAAUCUCUAUCGUUGAGAAGGAGCCUGGAUUCCGAGCUGUUUUCCAGACUCGGUAAUUCAGCUAGCUGGUUGGAAGAGUGAAGUCGCUGUCGGAAGUUAGGUAGUAUUCGAAGCAUAAGUAACGAUUUGACGUCUGAAACAAAACAGUGGAAGAGAGAGAGAGAGAGAGAGAGAGAGAGAGAGAGAGAGAGAGAGAGAGAAAGAACUUGCGAAGUGUGUGUUGAGUGAGUGAGUCAUGAAGGAUAGUAGAUAGGUAAGUAGCCAGCGAAG